AUGCUCCCCACGCCCUUCACCUCUACAUUAAAAACCCCUCGUUCAACCGCCGUUAAAAACGUCAUAACCUCACUCAUUAUCAUCUACAUCCUUCAUAACUUCUGUUCGCAUAUGAACGAAGCCCAUCGAACCCACAUCUCCGAAGGUAUCCUCGAGCGGAUGGAGAAGUUAUUAACAAAAGUACGCAGUGCUUCGUUGAAGAGGAAGGAAUCAAAUCUUAGUCGGAAGGAAGAGAAGGCAAAGGGGAAGAAGAAGAACGACUCAAAUUCGGAUUUGAAGGAUAUAGAUUCUAUAUCGAUUAGUGCAGCUGGUGCUGCGGAUGGGGAUUCAGAGCAUGUGGAAAAUGAGAAUGAUGGCGGACCUUCGAAGCGGGUGUCUCAGGACUUUUCGAUAUCUACUACUCCACCGGGGGCGUAUGGGUCUACGUAUUCACUUACAGAGGGUCCUGCACUUAUUACCGUCGAACCACUGCCGAAGAAUUCGAGUCGAAGGUCAUCUUUAUCUAAACCUGGGAGGAAACCAUCACUUCAACAUGUCGGGUUUCAAUCACCCGAAUUAGAGCCUGAAGAGGAGGAGGGCGGAGAGAAUGAUCAUACGCUUACUCCGACCCCUUCGAUAAAUGGUUCUGUCAAAAAGUCCAAAAAGCAUAAACACCAUCACCACCACCACAUGCCAUCAUUGAUUUCGCUCAUUUCUAACGCCACACGUGCAACUUCAAAGUCAACUCGGUCGUUGAGAAGAAGAGAAUCGACAAGCACGGUACGCAGGUUGGCGGCAUAUAAAGCCGUUAACGAUAAUUUCCCAACCACUAGACCAGCAUACAUCGCCAUCGGAUCCGGUGCCCUAAUGCUACAAAUCGUGGAAAGAAUAUCACAAUAUUCAUAUAACCAACUCGCAGAUGUAACUUUCGUCUCAACGGGGGCAGCAUCAGAGCACAUCAUGGCUUCAUAUAAACUCCGACCUAUAACCUCACUAAACCUCCUCUCGCCCGAAACAAAAAUCGAUGUAUAUUUCGAUACCGCCGAUAAAGUCGACGAUAAUCUAAAUUGUAUCAGAGGCAGAACGGGGAAUUUACAUCUUGAGAGGAUGGUGGCUUUGAGGUCGGAAUGUUUUGUUUGUAUUAUCGAUUAUCAUAAACGAGUGCCUACACUGUUUACGAAUGGGAAGAGUAUGGCGGUGGAGAUUACUCCUGAGUCGUAUUUUUAUGUGAUUAAGGGGCUUAGGGGGACUAAAGCGAUUGCUUCUUUGAGGAGUGGGGAGCCGGCGAUUUCGGGGCCUUGUAUUACGCAAAGAGGGAAUUAUAUUAUUGAUGCUACUUGGCCGAGUUUGAGGGAUGCUGGAGAGGAGGUGGAGGCUUUAGCGGAGAUUGUGAAGGGGAUUUAUGGGGUUGUGGAUCAUGGGCUGUUUUAUGCGGGGGGGAAUGGGUGGAAUGGACGGCCGAAUAAAGUGUAUGUGGGCUUGGAAGAUGGGGCGGUGGAUACUUUGGGGUGA